GGCAAUCCUCCACGGCCUAGCCCUCGAGCUCCCACCUUCACUCGGGCUGCCCAACGCUAGAGCUCUAUCCACCGGCCCUCGGGCCCUUUCCCUUCGCCUGUCCCCCGAGCAACCACCAAGGGUCGAGUUCCCCUCAUCCCUCAUCCCCUCAUCCCUCAUCCCUCAUCCCUCACAUCUCUCUCUCUCUCUCUCUCUCAUUGUUUUUCCGCCUGCCUUUUUCUCCGUUUUCGAUUUUCUCAUUUUUCUUAGCCAAAUCAUCUGUGCAAAUUUCUUGCGUUUAAAACCCUUUGAAAAAUAAAUAGUUGCUGCAUGUUGCGUUUAAAACCCCUAAGUCAGUACCCAUUUUUUUGGUGUUAUUCUCUGUUUUCGUCUGCGAUCCCUGGUUGUAUUAAUUUGCGUUUGAUUGGAAGGGUUGCAGAGAUUUGAUUCAAAUUGGUGGAUUUGGGUCAACAUGACUGUGAACAUAUUAGCAGAGUCAUUGCAUACAUGGAAUACAAGGAGCAACGUGCGGGCAUAAAUCUCUAGUAUGUACUAUAGCAAUAUAGAACUUUGCGUUCUUUUGCAAUGAUCGAUGAACAGCAGCAUGAGUCGUUGCCACAACAUGAGACCCAGCUUUUGACUGUCCACUGGCAUCUCUCCAAAGGUCACUAUGCUCUUCGUUUUUUGGGGCUUUUGUUUACAUCUUUCAAAGCCCUUUAUGCUCAAGGUUGAGAAUGUGAAAGCUCUGUUGGAGGUGGAGGUUGAGAAUGUGAAAACUCUGUUGGAGGUGGAGACACGGGUACUGCUUCAGCAGCAGAAGGUGCUAUGUGAGGGUAGGGAGAUGAGGAAUUCUGAGAUGUUGAGUGCUCUUGGUGUCAAAGAUGAAGACUGGAUAAUGAUCGUAUCUAAUGUCACCUUGAGGAGUGUUGAUUGUGGGAGUUUGGUGGGAAGAGUUCCCAAGCUCAUUCUGCAAAUUAAAGGAUUCACAGACGCGACCAACAGAAAAAGGAUCUGCGGUUGCAAUGCUUUUGAUGCAUGCAAUAAGCAGGAAGCUACUACUCUUAUGGAGCUUCUUUGGCAUGUAAGUUCAAAUUGCAUAUCAUUUUUCAUUUUUUUGUUCACAGAAUUCAUUAUCUUGCUAUCUUGGUAAUUAGCAGUGUCUGACAGUUGGUGAAGUGUAUGAACAAAUAUGUCGAAGUUUGAAUUGUAUAGAUGAAAGUGAAUUUUAACAACUCUAACUUGGAUUUCUUAUUAAUUUGAUAGGUCUUUCUUUCAUUUGUGUUUGACUAUUUUAUUUUUUUGGGUAUAUAAGUACAACUAUUGAUCAAAAGCCACAAAAAUUACCUAACAGCCGAGAAACUGUUUGUGUAAGAAGAACAUAAUAUGAUGUAAAACUCAAAUUUUGGGCACUUAAGUAUACGUUUCAUGAAAAUUCAAUUGGAUUUGUUCUGGUCUCCAAGAAUUUUUCUUUGUUUGGUUACCAAUUAAUUUAUGCGGCAGGAGUUUAGUUUUUGCUUUUUUGCCUAUGUAUAUAUGAUUUGAAAUGGACAGUUCAAGUUGCUAUAUAUAAAUUUGUAGUCGAAGAGUUCGAAGGAGAGGUGAAUUAGAAACAAUGGGGGAGAGAGUGAUGGAGUUGAGGAGUUGAGAGUUAACAGGGAGAGUGAUGUCCCUGGUAUUGCGAGAUCAUUGAGACUCUUUGGUUUGAGACUAACUAUCUAGUUGAUUAAUCACUAAUUUGAUGUAUUUAAAGUUUAACUUUUCUUUAAAUCAUUUUCCUUCUAUAUUUUCAUUGGAUUCGUUUCAUUUUUUCUGCUUAAUUUAUCUUAAGAAUGUUUGCAUCAGAAUAAUUAACUCUAAAUCUGUUAAUUUGUCCCAUUUUCUAAAAAAAAAUUUGCAAUGUGAAUGGAGGUUAUUCUCAAUCUUCAGAUGGUGAUUAUUUGACAACUUCUCCAAACGUGGCUACUCAGCCUUUGAAAUACAGAGCUGAGGAUGAGAGGAGGCAGAUGAGCUAGAAUCGGGUUUGUACAAUUCUAAAUUAUUUGUUUAGUUACCGAUAAAAGAUAUGGUUGCCCAAUCCAGUUUUGUAUUUUCAACUUCUUAAUCAUUUUCCUUUGAUAGUACUUCGUUUUGAUAUGUGAAUGAACUAUAUAACUUCAAGGAAAACUAAUGAAAAUGACUUGAAAA